GUUGCAGGCGUGACACUUCUGGGAACAAAGGGACAGGACCGAAGCGGAUUGAAUGGCUGCCAAGGUUUUUGAGACUGUCGGCAAACUUGGCCUUGGCCUGGCUAUUGCUGGCGGGGUUGUCAACUCUGCUCUUUAUAAUGUGGACGCAGGACACAGGGCUGUCAUCUUUGACCGCUUCCGGGGCGUUCAGGAUAUCGUGGUGGGAGAAGGGACCCACUUCCUCAUUCCCUGGGUACAAAGGCCUAUCAUCUUUGACUGCCGCUCUCGCCCCCGCAACGUUCCAGUCAUAACAGGCAGCAAAGAUCUACAGAACGUGAACAUCACUCUGCGAAUCUUGUUCAGGCCUGUGGCCAUGCAGCUUCCCCGAAUUUACACCACCAUUGGAGAAGAUUACGACGAACGAGUGUUGCCCUCCAUUACAACCGAGAUCCUCAAGUCUGUGGUGGCUCGUUUUGAUGCUGGGGAGCUAAUCACACAGAGAGAGCUAGUUUCCAGACAAGUGAGUGAGGAUCUCACAGAAAGAGCAGCAACAUUCGGCCUCAUCCUGGAUGAUGUUUCCUUGACACAUCUGACCUUUGGGAAGGAGUUCACAGAAGCUGUAGAAAUGAAACAGGUUGCCCAGCAAGAAGCAGAACGGGCCAGGUUCAUAGUAGAAAAGGCGGAACAGCAGAAGAAAGCAGCGAUCAUCUCGGCUGAGGGGGAUUCAAAGGCGGCAGAGCUGAUAGCCAACUCGCUGGCCACCGCUGGAGAUGGCCUGAUUGAACUGCGCAAGCUUGAGGCAGCCGAAGACAUCGCUUACCAGCUCUCACGAUCCCGUAACAUCACCUACCUGCCUUCGGGACAUUCAAUGCUUCUCCAGCUACCCCAGUAGGGGUCCCCUCUGUUCCUAGCCCCACCCUUUUUUUCUACUGUCCCUUUGAAAGCAAGUUUAGCCAUACAUAAUCACUGAAGUUUCUCAAUUUGGGGUUGAUGAGGGGAAAAAACAUGAAAUAGAAAUUGGAUUGAAAGUCCCUUAAUAAAGGCAAUCAAUUUUCCUCUUUCUCUUUCUCUCCCCCUCCAUGGAAUAUCAUUUUUCAGAUCAGUGUCCAGAACAGAAGCUGGAAAGGAUUGGGGUGGAGUGGGUGGAGGCUAAGAGGAGGAUAUUAUUUGUCAUAUGGGAUUCUACCAAGAAAAGGCCUAUUUGAGCAAAACUUUGCAAAUCCAGUUCAUUUUAAGCUCAUUGAACUGGCGCUGGCUCAUCUCUGGUCCAUUGCAGUGAAUGGGGAGGAAUUUGAGAGCUUCCCCCAACCAACGUCACCCCUUUCCUGCCAGAUUUCCAGCCCUCAUUGUGGUGUCCACUUUGAAUGGCAGUGGGGCUGGUGGUUAAUAUCAUUUUUAGCUCCAUGUAGAGAAUAUGGAUAAGAAUAGGGGGCAAUUCUACAGAUAGAAUUCCUGCUUUGCCUUUUCUUUCACGUGAGUCUCUCUUUCCUCUGGGACAAAACUCUGUGUGCCUCAACAACAUUACCGGAAGGAACUGAUCUCUGUUUUGGAAGUCUGAAGUUCCUGGUCUUAAGAGAGAUACAGGAGGCCUAUUCUGAUGCCAGCAGCAUUCGUGAGGCUUUUAUUAAGAAAUCUUCCAAAGAAGUUCACUUAGCGAUGAAGAUAUGAAAAAAACCCAGAUUGUAUUAAUCAACGUUGAAUAAAUGAACAAAUAAAACAUCCCCUCCUUAA